UGGAUGGAAACGUGGUCAGGGUUUGUGUUUACCACCAGCUGGCGUGUUCAGAAAGACUUCUCUCGUUUCUCGGGUUCCGCUGAGACCCCCAGGUGCUGACCAUGAGCACGGGCACGCCUUACAUCGGCAGCAAAAUCAGCCUCAUCUCCAAGGCUCAGAUCCGAUAUGAGGGGAUUUUAUACACUAUUGAUACGGACAACUCGACUGUGGCUCUGGCUAAAGUGAGGUCCUUUGGCACUGAGGGACGACCUACAGACCGGCCUGUGCCGCCACGGGACGAGGUGUUUGAUUACAUUAUCUUCAGAGGAAGUGACAUCAAAGACAUUACUGUCUGUGAGCCACCGAAACUACACCAUGGACUGCCUCAGGAUCCUGCAAUCGUACAGUCAUCUGUGGGGAGUUCGUCUUUACCGUAUGGCCCCCAGGGAGGGUACAGUCCCUACAGGAGCAUGAUGCCACCAUAUAACCCUCUCGCUGCAAGCUCUCUGUUGAAUCAGCAGUAUGCUGCUGCACUAAGCCUGGGAGCCAGCCUGCAUGGCCCUCUAAGGAGAGGUCCUAUGGUCGAGCAGGCUGUCCAGACGGUUCCUGCUGAAAAAACAGCUCCAAAAAAAGGCUUGGUAUCGCAGCAGCAGGGCCGUGAGAGCAGCAGGGUACAGCGAGGCAGAGGAAGUCCCCAAACACAGAGGAGCUUCAUGCCUGGGAAUGCUCAGCAAGGAGAUGCACAAGGGCAAAGUCAAGCUAAUGAUGAGAACCGACCACCACAGAGGAGGAGACAAGGCAACCGGCGAUCCCGAAAUCGCAACAGAGGUCAGAUUAUUGUAGGGAACGCAAAGCCCACUACCCUUCAGUUCGAGUCAGACUUCGAUUUUGAAACUGCUAACGCGCAGUUUAACAAGGACGAGCUCAUCAAGGAGGUCCAAGACAGCUCUGAAGUCAAAGAUAAGGAGGAGAAGGAGAAAUCGGACUCUGGAGUGGAGACCCAGAACAGUGAGGGAGCAGUGGACGAGGAACCGUUGGGCCCAAAGUGCUUCUACAACAAGUCCAAAAGCUUUUUUGACAACAUCUCUUCGGAACUGAAAUCAAGACGUACAACAUGGGCAGAGGAGCGCAAGUUGAACGUUGAGACUUUUGGAGUUCCUGGUCGGUUCCUGAGAGGCCGUGGGUUUCGUGGGGGAUUCAGAGGGAGGAGAGGAAGAGGAAUGAAUCAACAGUUGUCUGCCCAACCAGCUGUUGGAAGUGGCAGAAUGUGAUUGAUCUAAGAUUUCAUGUGGCCACAAAGUGGUUUUGUAAAUAGGAAAGAGAAAUCGGCUCAUCUCCCCCACCCUUCAUUAUGAUUGAAUGAGUUGGGGUCCUGUACCUCAACUGUUAACAGAGAUUGAAUUUU